AAAAUAAUAAAAAAGUUUUUGAAGUAAAAUUAAAAAUUCAAUCUAAAUGGAUAAUUUACCAAAAUUGGUUGUAAAGAAUAACCAAAACUACGUAUGAAAACAAAUUAGUGGAGACAACAACAAUAAAAUUGCAACAAAACAAAACAAACUUUUUUAACAAAACAAAACAACCUGGAAAAAUUACAAAAACAACAAACACCCUUGCAAGAAAUUGAAACCAAAAUUAAAGUAAGUUCAUUCCUAAUGAUUUCUAUCUAAAACAGUACCACAACCAAAAACAACUGCAACAAUUCAACUACAAGCAAAAAGUAAACACAGACGGAGACAAAUCCGACGUUAAAAACUUUGUUCAAAAAUCGACUUCAACACUAAACUACAACGUCAGCAGCAACACCACCACCAACAACAACAACGUUGAAAACAAAAAAACCGAGAUGGAUUUCAACUUAUUCCCCGACGGAUUGUUCGACCUGCUGAAAAACGUCACCAUCGCGGUUCUUCGCGAGCGACCAGCAGACUUGUACGAAUUCGCCGCCGAGUACUUCGCGAAACUUCGAGACGCCAGACGUGCGGAGAACAUCCCGCUGUACAUCGUCGUCGAUGAUGACAACCUCGCCACUGAACCUGAUCCCGGAAGUUUUCGUCCGAAAACAAGGAGGCAGAGUAGAGAAGGUAGACGAGGUUCAGUUUCAGCGGAAAGAUAUGACCCGGAAGCAGAUGCGGAGAUAUCGUCACGUGACCUCCUCCAAUCUUAUUUGCCGCCAAAAACAGAAGACCAACGCAGCAGAUUGACGGAGGCGGUGAAAGACAUCCUCAUCUUCAGAUCUCUGGACACAGACCUGAUGAAGGAAGUGAUCGACGCCAUGUUCGAACGCAAAGUGCAGCCGGGAGAGCACGUGAUCAAGCAGGGAGACGAUGGCGACAACUUCUACGUCAUCGAAACCGGUGUCUUCGACGUUUUCAUAUCGCGUGAAGUAAGCAGCAGCAGCAACGGUGCGACAUCACCAACGUCCUCCGGCAGUUUCGGAGAGUUAGCCCUCAUGUACAACAUGCCGAGAGCGGCUUCAGUGGUGGCAGUCACGGAAGGAACUUUGUGGGCGAUGGACAGAAAAUCUUUCAGACGAAUCGUUCUGCAGAGCGCGUUUCGCAAGCGUCAGAUGUACGAGCGACUGUUACAAAGCGUUCCCAUGCUCUCCAGCCUGGACAACUACGAAAGGAUGACGCUGGCCGACGCCCUGGUCUCAAUGACGUUCGAAGAUGGCGAGUGCAUCAUCAAGCAGGGGGACGAGAACGCCAACGGAAUGUACUUCAUUGAAUCUGGAUCUGCCAGAGUCACUAUCCGCAGGAAGAAAGACGAAGGAGAGGAAGAAGAAGCCUGUAGAUUGAUUGGCACUGGAUCAUACUUUGGAGAAAUGGCACUACUUGACAAAACGCCUAGGACGGCCAGUGUGUAUGCAGACGGAAAGGUGAAGGUCGCAUUUUUGGAGAGGGACUCCUUUGAGAGGCUGCUAGGACCGUGUCUAGACGUCAUGAAGAGAAACACCGCCGGCUACAAGAAGUCUGGCAGUCUCAAUCAUUGA